CACAUGAGACUAUGAGGAAAAAUAGAUCAAUAUAAAGAUCUUCACCGGAGAACAACAGAAAAAUAAUAAUAAUAAUCAGCCUGCUGGGUGUUAACAAGUAUGUAGAGAACGAAUAUGAAAAAAAAAGAUCCGAUUUUUCCCUCAUAACUUUCGAUAAAAUGGAUAUAUAUUGAUUUUUUUGGUCAAUAUAAAGAUCCUCACCCGGGAACAAAAAAGAAAAAAUAAUAAGCCAGUCUGUUGGGUGUUAACAUGUAUGUAGAAAACGAAUAUGAAAAAAAAUGCGCACUGACGACCCUGGGGGUGGAGAGGGGACUUUCGGAAAAUCCACAAGAUCCGAUUUUUCCGACAUAAUUUCAGGCAAAAUGGAUAUAUAUUGAUCUUUUUUAUGGAAUCCUACGUUUUUGGUUAUGAAGGAUCCGAUUCUGAAAAAAAAAAAAUUUUCAAAAAAUCGCAUUUUCAAAAUUUCGAUUUACCCUCCCCACACAUACACACACACACAACCUCACUUUUAUAUAUAGAGAGAUUGCCACUAGCUCUCGGAGAGCAUAGAACGUUACGAUAUUGGUUAUUCUACGAAGGAUAUCCCAACACCAUCCAAUGAGUUCUAUACAAAAAUGCUGCUAGAGAAAAUGAUAGACCUCAUACGGCGAAUGAGUUGGAAGGCAUUUUUCUACGAUCAAGGAACGCAACCAUCCGAGGCCAAAAGAAUAAAAGAAUAUAUACGAGUUCUGAUCAAUAAGUAUCCGGGUUGUUGCCAUAGUAACGAAGCUAAAACAUGCAGAGUAAAGCCACUUGACAAAAGAUUGACCUUGAACUCUGCUGUACAUGUGCAAUAAGUUUUAACAUUCUGUCUCAUUGCCGCUGUUUACAGCAGUGCUUGGAAGGAAGAUUUGUAGCGUGUGAUCGUCACACUAACCAUGACAGAGAAAGUUGUUAUGGUGAUAUCUGCUCAGAGGCCUAUGUAAAGUUGCAGAAAGUGUAUGGAGAGAAGUGUAUGAGUUGCACAUAAGUGUACAAGUGGUUGAGACGUUUGCAAGAUGGCCGAAAAAUUUUGAUAUUGACGAACGUUCUGGGAAGCCCACAACCAGCAGAACUGAGAAAAACAUCGAAGAUGUGCAUGCAGCUGUGAAUGGAAAUCGUUGAAUCACCAUUUGUAAGUUAUCAGAGGAUGUGCAGAUUCGUUAUGGUUCAGUUCAGUCCAUUAUCAGUGAAGAUUUGUGUAUGAGACGCGUGUCCGCCAAGUUUGUGUCAAAACUGCUUUCUGCUGACCAAAAAGACACCCAGGUUUCAGUUGUACAAGAUCACCUUGAUUGCGUUGAUAAUGAUGGAAACCUUUUGAAAACUUUGCAUGGGUUUUUGAGCAGGUACCACCAAGCUUUGAGCAAAAUAUGAUGCAGAUUCUCUGUUCAACUUUCUCUGUCAUGGUCAAUGCGAUGAUCACACACUACACACUUUCCUUCCAAGCACUGCUGUAAACAGCAGAAGUGAGCUAGAACGUUAAAACUUAGGGUGCGUGCAUGGCAGGGCUCAAGGUCAAUCUGUGCCAAGUGGCUUCACUUUGCCUGUCUUGUUAUUAUGGUAACCAUCUGGAUACUUAUUGAUCAGACCACGUAUAUAUAUGUGUGUGUGUGUAGCAUUUCAGGAAAGUUAUUUUUGUUGUCGCAUCAUAGCACAGUCGUGCUAUGGCAUUCUCCAACCAAUCAGUUCUCUGCCCAUGAAGUGAAGUGGGAGUUUUAAUCAGUUAGGAGACAGACUGCGAACCACCAACAUCACUUCUUCCUCAUGGAACAGCUUCUUUGUUUUUGUCUCCAACUUCGCGCAGCUAACUCUGAAUUAUAUCAGCUCUUGAUUUGUCACAUCAUGAACAGCCUAUUUCAUUUAUGCUAACUUUGCUUCGCGAAAGUCUGGAUGACAUCAGCCACAACUCUGCCUCAUAAUGAACAGUAUAUUUUCAUUUAAGCUAGCUCCUUUCCUUUUGGCUUAUAAUGACUUCCAACCAAAUCUGUUUUUCAAACCUUUCUUUUCUGCAACCAUAACCAUGUCUCACUACUACUAUUUGCUGCAACUAUCUUGGGGAAUCUACCAUGCAACGCCUUCUGCCAGUCAAAUAAUUUCUGUUCUUGUUUUUGGUUUUCAUCUUUGUUUGGGUUUUUGGUUUCCCUGUCUUGCUGUGGCUAGCAACUUUUAAUAAAUUUUCUUCACUGUUACCUACAUAGGAGUUACAUCUACUCUAACUCCACAAAGUGUUCUACUAAUAUUAACCUGCUUCCACCUUCCUGUCUAGUGAUUUAGAUGGCACACCCCCAGCCUGUAACAACUACUGUUACCAAGCCAGAUUGGAUGAAAUUACAAUAUGUAAGAGAAAGGAACAAUUCUCUAGAUUCAAUUGGCUCAACAGCUUCUUUAUUAUCAAUAUUGGAUCAUGGCAGCUAUGAUUCUGAAGAUGACCAAUUAUCAGAGAAGAACUUUCACAAUAGAAGAGAAAACACAGUAUGUUUUAGUCAUGAGUUGUUGAAACCUAGAAAUCAGAGAGAAAAACAAAUGUUCUCUGAGUUGUUGAAAGAAAAAGAAGAAAGUAGAAACUCUUUCAUUGAAGAUAUAUCGAAAGAUUUCCAUGAUAUUUGUAUUUCAAAUGUUGAUGAAGAGAGAUCCAGUUUUGUCCCAAGCGGAAGUCAAUCAGUUUGUCCAUCAUCAAGCAAUGAAAAAUUACCACGUCCCCUGACACCUUGGGAAAAGUGGUUACUUAUGAAAAUAAAAGAAGAACGAGACAUCUCUAUCAAACAAGAAGAACAAAAGAAAAUGAAGAAAAUAGCCAAAAUCAGAGAGGCACAAGCUUUGGAAGAAAAAAAAAUCGAAAUUAACCAUUCUUGGUAUAAGUGGCUUGAAGAGAAAGCUAAAGCAGAAAAAUUGCGCAUUUGUCAAGAAAGACGAGAAUAUAUUGAAAAUAAGAAACAGGAAGCUGUCAGAAAACAAGAAAUUGCUGAAAAGUCUGAAGUUAACUUUAAACAAUGGCUUAAUAAGAAGAAAAUGCUUGAGAAAACUAAAAAAAAGAUUGAAGCCCAAAAGAAGAAAGAAAAACAAUCAUUACACAAACUACGUCAAGAGAAAGCUAAAGAAACAUAUAAAGAAUGGUGUGAAAGAAUAAAUAAGUCUGGCAUUAAUGUGUCACAAAACAGACUUGAUAAUAAAACAAAAAAACUUAGAGGAUACACUAACAAGAAUGCUUGUCCACCUUCAACUUUUUUCAACCCAGUACCAUGGAAACCUUUAGUAAUACCAGUUAAAACUAAUGGGAAUGAAAAUGAAAAUAAUUAUAAAAAAGAAAGAAAAUACAGCAAGGAAAUCUUGUUUUUGUAAAUCGCAAAUAGAAACUGAUAUGUACAUAAUGUGUGGUAUGGAUGGAUAGAUGUUCAAUUUCUUUCUGCAAAGUGAAAGCAGAUCAACUCCAAGUUACAAGGCUCUUCUUUAAUUGUUUAGCCACAGGUCACCCUGAUCCAGCAAAACUAAAAUGAAAAAUGUUCCAACUAUGACCAUUGAUAUGUUGUUGUUAUAUACAAAUGAAGCAGGCAGAUUUUUAAGUAUGUUACUUUACUUUGCCAUCUUGAUUACCUUUUUUUUAAAAAUCUUGAAUCAUGUGAUAUCAUUUUUUAAGGCAUACACAAAGGGACAUAGUUGUUUUAAAUAUUAAAUCGAAUCAUCAUG